AUGUCAGUUUGCGCAUUGUGUCCGAUGUUCUUUGUUUUGUUGUCGGUAAGUAUUCCCUUUACGAAAAACAUACGCUUCUUAGUUUUCAUUGCUAUGGGUGUUUUGCAGAAUAUCGAGCCCUAUCGCAAAGGUUAUUUUGCCAAUGACGAGUCAAUUCAAUAUCCUUACCACUCCUCGACUGUACCAAUAAUUACGGUAAUUAUAAUUUUUCAUCAUUUUCAAAUCGUUGUUGUGGAAUUAAUCAUUGUAUUGUAUGCGAUUUACAAUCAUUUGAUCGUAUCUUUCUUCGGUUACUUUUUGACGAUUGCUAUCACGGACGUUGGAAAGGUUGCAGUGGGACGCAUGCGACCUAAUUUUAGGGAUGUUUGUCAGCCGACCCCAACAUCAACUACCAUUUUGGGUUACAUCUUUCCGUACACGUGCACAAAGGGAACAACCAAAGAACAAAGGGAUAUCUNGGAUAUCUUGAAAUCAUUUCCCUCGGGACAUUCGUCAACUGCUAUGUAUAGCGCAAUCUUUCUUUGUAUAUACUUCCAAUUGCGUUGGCCGCGUCUGGGUACUCCGGCAAUACGUGUGGGACUGCAGGCCGUCUGUGUUAGCCUAGGCCUUGCGGUUUGCCUUUCGCGUAUUGUGGACAACAAGCACCACUGGAGCGAUGUGCUGUCCGGGUCAACUAUUGGCACUUUAAUAGCCAUCACUGUGGUAAGAAUUCUUGUCAGUGAUAAUCUGUUUUAUUUCAGACUUGUAGAUCGCUUAUAUACAUUCGCAAUACUUAGUUCAAUCGACCCGGUUUAUAGAUUUCUAGGGACAUUACCAAACCACGAAAGCGUUUUGCAAGAGCGCGCAUAG